ACAGGGCGCCGCUCGGCCACCAGAGGGCGCCAAGCGGACGGUGACCCCGGGCCGGUGAUGGCGGAGGCGCGGGUGCUGCUGCUGCUUUCGGGGCGCCCGCAGGCGGUGGGCUUCGCGCAGAGUGUGUGCGGCCUCCUGGGCGGCCAGGCCGGGCGCGGGCCGUGGCCCACACACUGCGGCCUGCGGCGCGGGCAGCUGCUCCUCUCGGCCGAGCCCUUCCCCGGCGCCACGGCCAGGCUCCCGCUCCAGCGACCCGCCUUCUGCCCCUUCGCGGCCCUGGACCAGCAGCCCACGCCGCCGGGAGCCGAGCUGCCCGCGAACCGAAGCGUGGACCUGGGCGUGGUGGUCGUCCUGCAGUCCCGCGACCGGACUGUCUUGUUGACACGAAGGACACGCACCCUCAGAGUUUCCCCCAACCUCUGGGUGCCGCCAGGUGGGCACGUGGAAGCUGAUGAAGCGCUGCUGGACGCAGGCCUCCGAGAGCUUUGGGAGGAGACUGGACUGCAGCUGCCCCAGGGCCAGUUCUCGUGGGUCCCCCUGGGGUUAUGGGAGUCCGCCUACCCUCCUAGGCUGAGCUGGGGCCUCCCCAAAUACCAUCACAUCGUUCUCUACCUCCUGGUGGUCUCCCAGGAGUCGCAGCAGCAGCUGCAGGCCCGGAUCCAGCCAAACCCACGGGAGGUGAGCGCCGUCCUGUGGCUGGGCCCCGACGCAGCCGCUGCAGUGGCUGCCUCAGAGGAUGGGAUGGAGGCAGCCAGACACCUCUCCCAGGACCUGCCACCCUCCGUCCGUGCCCUGGAACUGGAGGAAGGUGGAGAAGUCCGACCUCUGGCCCUGCCCAUGUCCACCCUGCUGCAGACGACCCCGGCCACCGCGGACGGCCAAGAGAGGGUCAGCACCGGGACCAAGUUUGCCCUCAGGCUCUGGCUGCAACACCUGGGCAGAGUGACGCCCCUACCAUGUGACACUGGAGCUCAUGUGGACCCUGGGCCUGCAAAGGAAGACCAGAACAUGGACCCCCUCCCCCCAGACCAGGGAACCGGAAAGCCAAGUGCAUAAUCCCCUCCCCAGCCCACCUCUAUGACACAGAAGAUUCACAACCUUUAUUAUGGGUAAGAACUUUGCUACAACUUUGGGAAUAAAAAGUACAAUUACAACAGAGGUCCUAGGCCCUGGAGGAGCCUGACAAAGGAGACUGGGGACAACACGGGUCCUCCACCUCCCAGGAAAGGUGCAGAAUCAGCCCGACCUCACCGCAGGGCCGCGGGCCUUGAGCGGCUCGGGCCCGGGGCUGGUCAGCGUAAGAAACACUGUGAACUUAAAUAUAUAAAUAGAGUCCCAGGCGUAGGCCGGGCCCUGCUCCCAAACUCCUGGGCGUCAGGGCUAAGGCCUUGUCUCCUCAGGGAGAUGUACGGGGGAUUAGGAGGCAGGGGAGUCAUCUUUGGAUGUGUUUUGGUUUUCCUUGUUUAUGUACAAAAAAUCUACAACCCAAAAUAGAGUUCUCUGUCCA